AUGAACGUAACAGGAACGCUGAUUCUCGGCUUUGUGGUCUUUUUUGUCGCACAGAGCUGGUUUCGCUCAUUCCGCAAAAACGCAUCAUACAAGUUACCUCCGGUCGUCCCAGGGAUCCCCAUUUUUGGCAAUACAUUCCAGAUACCUGCACUCCAGCAGGGGCCAUGGGCUAAAAAGCUGGCAGAUAAAUAUGGGGAGAUGUUCACCUGCCAAUUCGGAUCUCAGACUUGGGUAUUCUUGAAUUCGUCUCGGGUGGUUAAUGACCUCAUGGAGCGACGAGCGGCAAUUUACUCGUCACGGCCGCCAUUUCCCAUGACACAAGGAAUCAUGUCGGGGAAUUCCAGAAUCGUGCUCAUGCCCUACAAUGAGGAAUGGCGGACACUGCGUAAGAUUAUGCAUCAAAUCCUGACCUCUACAAAACUUUAUAUGCCGUUUGAAGACCUGGAGUCCAAGCAGCUGCUCUGGGACUAUCUGGAAAAGCCGGACCGAUGGUGGUCUGCUAACGGUCGAUAUGCGAACUCUGUCAUUAUGAGCGUUAUUUUUGGGAGGAGAUCUCUUCUCGACGAUCCCGACGUCGUCGAGCUCUUUGAAACUUUGGAACUUUUUCUAGAAAACCAACAGCCCGGCGUCAAUAUCGUGGAUGCGUUUCCCGUCCUAGAUCGCUUGCCAAAGCGACUCCAAUGGUGGAGACCUCGCGGUGAGAGAAUCUUCGAAAAGACAAAGAAAGUCUAUGCUAGAGAGGAAGAGAGACUCAGACGCAAGAUGAAGGAAGGAAACCAAAAAGAAUGUUUUGGCACCGCUUUCCUUCAGACGAAAGAGGUGGCUGGAAUGAGCGAGACGCAGCGAUUGUUCGUCUUUGGUACUUUGAUGGAAGCUGGCAGUGACACUUCGAGAGUCACACUGGGUCAGAUCAUCGCAGGAGCAGCCACGUAUCCCGACUGGGUAGAACGGGCCAGGGUACAAUUAGACGCUGUCUGCGGGCAUCACGCUGAGCGACUUCCUCAAUGGGAGGACCGCGACCAGCUCCGUUACAUCACCGCCGUGGUGAAGGAGGGUUUCCGCUGGCGCCCGAACAUCGCCGAGAUUGGAGCACCGACGAUGCUCAUCAAGGACGAUGAGUAUGAGGGAUAUAGGUUCCCAGCUGGAACAGUCUUCACUUGGAAUGCAUGGGCUAUAGCACUUAGCCCGGACGAGUAUGAAGACCCUGAGCGAUUCUGGCCGGACCGGUUUCUAAAUGACGAUUUGGCUAGCCCUCUCAAAGGGCAUUGGGCAUUUGGACCUGGCCGCAGAGUUUGUGCUGGAUGGAAAGUCGGCGAGAUGAACGUGUGGAUCGCAAUCGCCCGUCUGCUCUAUUGCUUCGAUUUUACCCAGGUUCCGGAGAAGCCAAUUGAUACCAUGACCAUACCACAGCUCACGAAACAUACCGCACCUUUUGACGUCAAGGUUUCGUUGCGAAGCGAAGCUCAUGCUGCUCUGAUAAGACGUGAUUGUGAAGAAGUGACCAGGAUUCAGUACUAG